AUGUCAAUACCAUCGCCCACGGCUAAAGAAAUACUUAAUAUUAACUUUUCAAGCGGGAUAGCACAUAAUUUAAUGGUUCAAAUAGUAAUUAAAUUACAAUCAACUGCUUUAACUCAGUUAACUCAAAUUACAAAUCAAUUAACACGAACAUCAUCAAUAAUUGCAUCUGAUAAAUGUCAUAAUUUAUCUCGUACCUUGAAUUCAACAGCAAUUAGAACAACCUAUGAAGAUAUUCAAAUUAGUGCAACACAAAUCGCUCAAUGUAGUGCAUAUGUUUUAACUGCAAUCAAUGAUCCAUUACAACAACGAACAAUUAUCCUUAAUUCACAUUUAUCUUAUAUAGAUAUAUUUUUCGAUGAAUAUGAAUCAGAAGAUCAAAAUUUUUGUUAUCAAAAAGAGAUAGCAAAUAAAAUUAAAUCUCAAACAAUGGAAACAAUUUCAUUAUUAACAUCAGCAUUAAAUAUUCGUUUAAUUAUUGAUCAAAAUUUUACUUCAAUAAUGGAACCACUUGUUCCAUUUGGUAAUUCUGAAUCUAAAUCAAACACAAAUUUCUCAACAAUAAUAUCAUUUUCAAUACUUGAUCAAGAUAGAAAUGAAAUUCCUACUCAAACAGAUUAUAAUAAUAAUAAUAAUAAUCACCGAAUUGAAUAA